ACAGUAGACAGAUUAAAAAACUGAAAUUGCUUUAAUUUGAUUAAAGCCGUGUUGCUUUAUAAAAGGUUCAACUUCUGUCAAGUCAGCAUCAGUCCUAGUUCAUCGCGACUCUCAUAACCGAAUCGAAACCAGCAUUAUCAUGAAGGCACCUCUGGUCUGCGCCGUACUGGCUCUUCUCAUGGCUGUCGUCCAGUGCGAUCCGGACUUCCGUCAAUUGAUGCAGCAGUGCAUGCAGGAGACGCAGGUAACAGAGGCCGAUCUGAAGGACUUCAUGGCCGGCGGCAUGCAGGCAAAUGCCAAGGAGAACCUCAAAUGUUACGCCAAGUGCCUAAUGGAGAAGCAAGGCCACAUGGCCAAUGGGCAAUUCAAUGCGCAGGCAUUGUUGGACACCUUGAAGAAAGUGCCGCAAAUGAAGGAUAACAUUGACGAGAUCACCUCCGGGGUUGAGGCCUGCAAGAACAUCAAGGGGACAAACGAAUGCGACACUGCAUUUAAGGUUACAAUGUGUCUGAAGGAGCACAAGGCGACGCCACGUCCUCACUGAGCUCCUCAGCUUUAAGCUUCAAAUGUUAAAUAAAAACUUUUCAGUUUUGAUGGUGUA